UUGACUUUAAUUUUCAUCAUAACAAAAAAAGUUUCUAAAGUUCGUGAAAUUAACAUUUAAAAUCGUCAAAAAGGAUCUCAACAUUAAUUAUGGCAGAUAAUCAGUCAGCAAAGGAUAAAAUGGCUGAAAGAAAGGCUAAGUUAAAGGCACUUCAUGAUGCUAGAAACAACGCAAGAAGCCAGAAUCAUGUAGAAGUGAAAAAGGAACUUGAAAGAGAUCAUUUACCUAAGAAUUGGGAGAUCAGGAAGCAAAAGGCAGAUUGGUUAAUUAAGGAUAAAGCAAACAGAGAAGCCAUUGAGGAGAAAGGACUUGAUUAUGAUCGAGUAAAGUUAUUAAAUGUCUCAGCACUGGAUCAGGAUAGAAUCGAAAGAAUCAAGAAGAAGAGAAAGGUUGGUGAUCAAGGAUUUGCAGAUUAUGAGACACAGACAGCACGACAAUAUCAAAGAUUGAUCAAACAAAUGCCACCAAAGAACAUCCAGCUAUACAAUGAUCAGAAGGAAUCUUAUGGCGAGGAAUAUUAUUCAUCAAAUCCAAUUUUGGAAGGUAAAGCAAAGGAUUCAAAGGAAGCAGUCAAAAGGAUGGUCGAUGAUCUCGAGGAGCAAGCUAAUAAAAGAAAGAACUUCUCAAGACGACGCAUGCAUAAUGAUGAGGCAGACAUUGACUAUAUUAAUGAGAAGAAUGCCAGACUUAAUAAGAAACUCGACAGAUAUUAUGGCGAAUACACGAAGGAGAUCAAACAGAAUCUGGAAAGAGGAACAGCUAUUUAAAAACAUUUACAAUUAUUUUUUAUCACUUUCAGUUCAUUUUCAUUUUUCUUUUUAAUGUAAAUACAAUUUCCAUGAAGUCUAUAAUAAAUUUAAAAAAAGAUUUAUAUUCCUUUAUAAAUGUGAAAUUUUUAUAUAAU